AUGCCACGUAAGCUACGUAAGAAUAUACGUAAGAGGAAGGGAGCAUUGAAACAUCCAAUAGUAAAACUGACACCACAACAACAGUUGCAACAACAAAUGAUGAAUGACCCCACUAUGUUGCAACAAAUGUCAAGCAACCCUAUGCUUUUAAACCGAGUUAUUGGUGCACAGAGUGGAGGUUUAAGAGCGGCACUUUUAGCGAAAAUGACAGGCUAUGGUGGAGCUGCAGACGGAACAGCUUAUAACCCUCAAAGUCAAAUGAAUUUGAGUUCACUCAAAAAUCAAAUAACAGAUGUCAAAAAGUCAAACAUAGACAUACAGAAACAAAUAAGCGAAAACGAAAAAAAACUAGAA